AUGUCUCUCUUCUGGCUCGUCUCCUGCUUCGCCUUCAUCGGCGCUACCUUCGGGUGCGGUGUCCCGGCCAUCAAGCCGGUCAUCACCGGCUACUCCCGCAUCGUCAACGGCGAGGAUGCAGUGUCGGGCUCCUGGCCCUGGCAGGUGUCCCUGCAGGAUUCCACCACGUGGCACUAUUGCGGUGGCUCCCUCAUCGACCCCUCAUGGGUGGUGACCGCUGCCCACUGCGAGUUCAACCCGUCCAUUGACCGCGUCGUCCUGGGCGAGCACGACAGGAACUCCAACGCCGAGAACAUCCAGUCUCUUGUCGUCUCUAAGGCCAUCACUCACCAGCAGUGGGACUCCUACAACAUCAACAACGACAUCAUGUUGCUGAAGCUGGCUCAGCCCGCUCAGAUCGUGGACCGUGUCUCUCCCGUCUGCCUGCCUGCCGCCUCGGAUGUCUUUGCUGAUAACAUGAUGUGUGUCACCUCCGGCUGGGGCAAGGUCCGCUCUUCCGCCUUCAACACGCCUCCCAUCCUGCAGCAGACCGCUCUGCCCAUUGUGCCUACCGCCACCUGCCAGCAGAAGUGGGGCACCGUGAACGUCAUCACCAGCGUCAUGAUCUGCGCUGGUGGUGCUGGAGCUAGCUCCUGCAUGGGUGACUCCGGCGGCCCCCUGGUGUGCGAGAAGAACGGCGUGUGGAACCUUGUGGGGAUCGUGUCGUGGGGCAGCAGCUCGUGCUCCACCAGCAUGCCGGCCGUGUACGCGCGCGUCACUGCCCUGCGCAGCUGGAUUGACCAGACCAUGGCUGCCAACUAGACACACCGAUGGGCAACGAUUCAGUAAUUGCUUUCAAUUGGUCGCAUUGGAUUCGUGAUUGUGAACACCUUGGAUUAGAUAUGAUUCCAUUGCUUGUGUUGAUGAUAUGUUGUAUCGUUAAUAAACAAAGUGCUGACGAAUAAUUUUUCUCAAUAAUCUUUGGUUCUUUCGGCAAA